UCUCCCUCAGCGAGCUGGUGGUGAGCUUAGAAGACGAACGGCUUCUCGUGACGCAAUGCUUGUUUUCCGACGACACGCAGGUCGACAAAACGAAGUUGGGUGACAAGUUUUCAAACACAGACGCGCUGUUGGGACAAAUGCUGCCGAAGCUGACGUUAGAUGACUACAAGAUGACGCUGUAAAACUUGAAGAUAAGCGACUCGUUCAAAAGGAUGGCGGUUUAUGCAGACAUCAAUUCCGUUUUUCUGAUGUACAUCACCAAACACGUGAAGUCUACUUCGUCAUCCUUAUGGCGCCAGUUAUCAGCGUGUCAAGAACUACUCAAGUGUUCAGAGCAGCUGUCGCUCGCGCACACUACCCUGGCUUACCAGAUAUACGCCAAGGGGUCUUCGGCGGAGACUACGGCAGAGUUCCAAAGCCAUUUCCACUCCGGUCAUGAGUUCCUGGUCUCCGCGAUUCAGUAUCUUGAAGCUGAGAAGCUAGUAGAUGAUGUGAAGAAUUUAGAAACAAUUUCUGUGUUGUAUGGAGACGCAAAAGUGGCAUACAACGGAUCGCAGAGUCGAGUCGAUGCUCAACAAAGUGUGAUGCAGAUUAGGGCGUGUCUAGAGAGACUUAAGGAGGCGCACAUUCGUAUGUGGGUAUAUGUCAGGGACUCGGUUCGUCACGAGGUGUGGGUCGCUCGGCGGACGCUGGCAGUCGGCGUGACCAUCCUCGUCGUGGUACUCUUGGCUUCACCCGUGCUGGUGCUGCUGCUGCGAUACGUCGUCAACACUAUAAAGGCAUUCGCCAACUCAAUAGAGACAAGUACGCAAAGGCUGGUGGCUGAGAAACAGAAGAGCGAUCUCCUGCUGUCGCGGAUGCUGCCGCUGCCGGUGCUGCGGCGGCUGCGCGCGCAGAGAGCGGUCCCGGCAGAGGCCUUUGAUGCCGUCACCAUAUUCUUCAGUGAUAUCGUCGGCUUCACCACUAUUGCAGCUAACAGCACUCCCAUGGAAGUUAUCAAUAUGCUCAACAUGCUUUAUAGGUUAUUCGAUGAGAAGAUAAUGCAGUACAACGUUUACAAAGUGGAGACUAUAGGCGACGCGUACAUGGUGGUGUCUGGACUGCCUCAGAGGAAUGGCAACCGUCACGCUUCGGAAAUCGCUGACAUGUCGCUGGCGUUGGUGGACAGUCUCCGAGACGCGAGGGUCCCGCACCGGCCGGCUGAUUUGCUCAAGAUCCGAGCUGGUGUGAACACGGGACCCUGUGUGGCCGGGGUGGUUGGUGCCACCAUGCCGCGCUAUUGCCUCUUCGGUGACACAAUUAAUACUGCUAGCAGGAUGGAGACCACUGGAGAAGCCAUGAAGAUCCACAUAUCACACACAACAAAGAAGGCGCUCGACGAAAUAGGAAACUACAUCGUGGAGUCUCGAGGAAAGAUCGAUAUUCCCGGCAAAGGCAGCAUGGAGACGUUCUGGCUGCUGGGCAAAAUGGGCAACGUGCAAUCUGAGAGCCCCCGGUGCAUGCGCCUCAACGAUUACGAUCAGAACCUUCUAGAAUUAAUAAUAAGGUCCUAAGCAUAUCUCUAAGAUUGCGUGCAUAACCUAAUGUUUUUUAUCCACAGGUGUAAAAACAAUACUUCUUGAACCUUAUUCCUUUGCCUUAACGGCGUCUGCGCAUUUAAUUUUGAAUUAAAAUAAAAUAAAAUAAUCAUUCUUUCUUAAUUUUAUUCAAGGCUAUUUUGAUUGUUAGAACAAAUCAACUUAAUGUUUCAAUAGUUUCGCAAAAAUGAUAAAUGCAGGUCAAUCAAUGACGAUAAAAUAAUAAAACGUAUGUAAGUUACAUUAGCGUAUAUAUAAUAGGUAUAUGUAUAGAAUAACGUGUCAAAAUAAUUUCAUUCAUCGAAAAAUAGUCUUUAUAUAAACGAAUUUACAGUCUAAAAUGUAAAACUGGUUAAGCUCGAAGCUGUACAAUUUUAUUCUUCGUGUAUUCUUAGAAAUAGAUAAUAGUGUGAGGUUUCCUUGUGAAUAAUUUGUAAAUUAUUGUAAAGGCCUGGUUAGGUAUACGCGGAUAUCGUUUACAGCUGCGGAUAUUUUUCAGUUAUUCGUAUAUUUUUUCGGAUACGACCGAAACAUCAUUUUACUGGAAGGUAUUUUAUAUCGGCGAUAGUCUAGUAGGACGUGGCACGGACUGCCGAGAUGAAUGUCUGCAGGUUCAAAACCCAAGGGCAUGCACCUCUGACUUAUCUAAAAUGAUGUGUGCAUUCUUUG